AAAUAAAGCUCCCUUGCCCCCCUCCUCCUUUCGAUGUUCUCCAACCGGCUCGCCCAGUAGCUGGGGUUAGCUCAGUCGCUUCACCACUACCGACAUUGCAAAUCACGAAGAACUUGUCUCUCGCCAUUUGUUCGAGUCCGCAUCAGGCUAUGCUCUGCAUCCCUAUAACCACCAGCCAUCAUCACCAUACGCAAAAUCACAAGAUGCUCCGAAGUUUCCGGAGCCAUAAAUCCAUGAGGUCCGGCCACUCGUUCAGCAAGGUCGAGCACGCCAGAUACCCAAGCGAUGCUUCAUCCAUGGAUUCCCGCUCCUCUACCACCAGCAGCAACGGGAGGAUGGCCUUCGAUCCCCUGAGAUGCCAUCCUCCCGACCUAACCGUCACUCAUCGGCCAUCUCUGAACAUCAGUGAGGAUGGACCACGCCGGCCCUCGCGCAGUCUGCCCGAGCCACAUCACGCUCAGCAUCACUAUACGACGAUGCCACGUGUACAUCACCACUCUCACCAGCCUACCACGCCAACAACGGUCAUUUACGACGGCUUCGACUUUGGCUUUCACCCCAACAAGUCGGCGCCAGGUACAUCAGCUUCAGCACAUGGUUCAGCAGGCGUGGCAUCGCCUUCUUCUCCCACUCCGAGCACCGACAGCUUCAGCAGCAGCUUCAGCAGCGACUCGAUGGAUUCGAACUAUUGUGUCGGCCUAACGGUGGCACCAAAGCCUCGUCAGGGUCCCCAAAAGGAGGUCUCGGCAGCCAUGGCACGCCCACGAGGUCUGGAUGCCGCUGACGAUUUCAUCAAGAGAGGCGGUUGGAAGAGGAGAGGCGUCAUCUUUGAGUUGGACGCGCCAAUGGCUGAUGAGGAAGAGUGCUUUGAUCUUGAUAUGGAUUGAAGUUUUGGGAUCUCAAGAUCUCUCUCUCUCUUUACUCUCGCCCUCCAUCCGUCCGUCUUCCAACCACUUUCCUCUCUCUUGUGCCGUGCUCGUGUUGUUCUUCACUUCAUACCUCUCUUCUCAUCCGAUCCCUUUACUAUCUGCUUAGGGAUGGAUUGUAUUACCUACACACAACCCAUUUGUCAUUCUCACUUGAUUCUGUACCAUUUCUUAUUCCCGACAACAAGCAACAACACUUGCGUCUGUAACACAAACUCACUCAUUUCCUUUGUCACAUCAAGCAUCAACUUUUGGAACCGGGUCGCAGGUCGGGUCCGGGGUUCGGUCGGUCACUGCAUUUUUGGGAAUGGGGUUGGGGAUCCAUGGGUAUGGCGCCUUGGUUUUUUUCUUUUUUUUCUUUUUUUUUUCUUU